UAUAUAUAUAUAUAUUAUGAGAAAAUAAAUAAAAUAGACAAUAAUAAACUAGUAUUAUUUACCCACAUAACUACUAACUUUUUUUUAACGCCAUUUAAAAAUUAAAUUUUUAUUCUCUUAUUCCUGUAUAUUCAACGAACGAAACUAUCUCCAACAAUGCAAUCUCAACAAGGGGUCAGUCAAACUUCUGAAGGAAAAAUUCCCCUCUGCGGAAAUACGAAUUGCCAAUGCAUAAAAUGCGAAUGCUCUAAGGAAUGCUGCAAAUGCGGCAAAAGUGACACAAAAGGAGAAAAGGGCCAAAAAUGUUGUAAUGAAAGUUGCCACUGUUGCGACAAGGGAUGUUGUAACUGCUGUAAAAAAUGCUGCGCUGAAAAAGGUUGCACGCCUGGCAAAGAAUGUUUGAAAGGUCCAGGAUGUGAUUGUAGUUGUAAAAUGCAAAAGAAAUGUUUCAUGAAAACCUGGACACAAACCUUAAAUUAAAUUAUUAAGUUAACUAUUAAUCCACAAAUUGUGCAGUUUUAUCACACAUAAGCUUUAUUUAUAGCGUAUCGUUAGUUGAACUUUGUCAUUACACUAUCGAAAUUAUAUUAUAAA